UGGUGAAUAAAAUUUAAAUCAUGUGAUAAGCACAUUAAACUAAAGAUUUAGUAAACAAUUAACCAAUCCAACUGCCUAUUUUAUGUCUAUUGAAUUGUUCAAAUUGUAUAAAUUUAAUCAGUCAGUAUUUAAUAUGUCUUAUACUUCAAUUAGCAAACAUAAGUAUUAUUGUAAUUAGGAUAAUUUUUAAAAUGUCAACCUAGUCCUUUGAACAACUGCAACUAUGAUGCACGAUACCAAAGACACUUUACUUAGUCCUGAACAGUCAAUGCUUCAGACGAGACACAGUAAAUGGACCCCCAACAUACUUAAAAAGACGUUUCCACUUUUAAACGAAACAUUGAAACAAUCUACCGUCGCUACAGCUCCAAAAUUACCGAGCCCACCAUUUGUAAAACUGUUGAACUCCGAAGCAAACAAUGAAAUCCAAGUGUUGGUUUUGGACCAAUCAGAUUUGUACGACCUAGGAACGGGCGAUGAGACUUUUAAUAUUAUAAUAGAUCCCGAUGCGGAUCAUCUUAUAGACAAAAGCAAAGUUAAGGAGGUAGUGGUAGAAAAGAGCCAGAUAUUUCAAUUACAAGGUUAUGCUUGCCCAUGUGUUGAAGUGGACAAAGACAGGGGUGCGUCAACGUCAUCACAGAGUAUUGCAAAACAAUUACAACCAGCUUUGAAUAAAGAUAAAUUACAACCGGUUCCAAAUAAAGAUAGGUCGCAGCCAGUUUUGGAUAAAGAUCCAUUAAAAUCAGUUUCGAGUAAAGACAGAUUACAACCGGUUAGGAACGAUAAUCCAUUACAGUCAGUACUGAAUAAAGGUAGAUUACAACCAGUGCCACAUGAAGAUAGAUUACAAUUGGUUCGGAAUAAAGAUAGAUUACAACCGGUUCUGAGUAAAGAUAACUUUCAACUAGUUCCAAAUAAAGAUAAGUCGCAGCCAAUUUGGGAUAAAGAUCCAUUAGAGUUAGUUCCGAAUAGAGACAGAAUACAACCAGUUUUGGAUAAAGAUCCAUUAAAAUCAGUUUCGAAUAAAGAUAGACUACAACCGGUUAGGAACAAUAGUCCAUUACAGUCAGUAUUGAAUAAAGGUAGAUUACAACCAGUUCCAAAUAAAGAUAGAUUACAAUCACUUCGAAAUAAAGAUAGAUUACAAUUGGUUCGGAAUAAAGACAAAUUACAACCAGUUCGGAAUAAAGAUAAAUUACAACCGGUUAGGAAUGAAGAUCGAUUACAGUCGGUAUUAAGUAAAGACAAAUUACAACCAGUUCCGAAUAAAGAUAAAUUACAACCAUUUAGGAAUGAAGAUCGAUUACAGUCGGUAUUAAGUAAAGACAAAUUACAACCAGUUCCGAAUAAAGAUAAAUUACAACCGGUUAGGAAUGAUGAUCGAUUACAGUCGGUAUUAAGUAAAGACAAAUUACAACCAGUUCCGAAUAAAGGCAGAUUACAAUCAGUUCGGAAUAAAGUUAAAUUACAACUGGUUAGGAAUGAUGAACGAUUACAGUCGGUAUUAAAUAAAGAUAAAUUACAACCAGUUCUGAAUAAAGGCGGAUUACAAAAAAUUCGGAAUAAAACUAAAUUACAGCAAGAUCUGGACAAAGAUAGAUUACAACCAGUUCGGAAUAUCAACGUUCGAGAUAUCAAUGAAGCUUUUAAAAGCAAUGACGAUGUAUCUGUUCAAAGCAUUACCGGGACUUUACCGACUGUAGGGGAUAUUAGUACAACUAACACUAGUAUCGAGGGUAGUUUAGAAGAGGAUGGGAUAGAAGUGGUUCAGGAUGGCGAAACCCUUUCUUCAUCGGAAGCAACAGUGGAGAUCUCCAUAUGUCGCACGUGCCUGAAACCCGUUCCGUCCUGCACUUCCCAGAAACUGUUCGACGUCGGUAAAAACCAACGGAAGUCUUACGAGCUGAGGCAGAAACUAUCCGAAGUGACCGAAUCGAUCGACUUUCGUGCCUCGCUGAACCCCGUAGUAUGCGCGGACUGCCUGGAGGCUGUACACUCGGCCCACGCUUUCUGGAAACGGGUGAAAAUCGUAGAGGAACAGAUCGAUAAAAGGAGAAACGGCGCGGUCCCCGUCGACCUGAAGGACCUGCUGGAAGAAAUCGCGCAGGAGAAAUUGGGGAGGGUGCGAGAAAAUACGAACAAGAAACAGAGUUCCAGGAGAAGCGCUGCAGCAAACUUGGAAGAGUACCUAGAGAAGAGGAAACGAAUCAUCGAUAAAUACGUUUCCUCGCUAGAGAACGACAGUCCUCCCCCCGAAACCACAUCCGCAAACACCACCGGUUUAAAUAAAAACCAAACAAAAAAGACACUCGCCGAAAACAAAUCGAACAACGACCAACCUAUGGCCUCCAUUCUGGGGUGCAUUCUAUCCGAGCAUUCGCAAAAUGGCGACUGCGUAAUCGAAAUUAUUAACGAAGACGAGGAACACGAUAGUGCAGUCGUAGAUCUAGAAUCUUCUGUCCCAAAUCAAGAAUCUACCGUCCCAAAUCUAGAAUCUGUCCAAAAUAUCCCAGUUUUGGAGACCGCCACACCAAAUCUAGAAUCUUCGAUCCUAAAUCUAGAAUCUGACUUCCCGAUCCUAGAGCCUUCUCCUGUAAUUCUACACGCUUCCGUUCCGAACACCGUAGAUUCUGACUUGGCGAUCGAUACGAUUCCCUCGAUAGACUCGAACGUUUCAAAAUGUAAGCUUUCCGAAGUACAGAAAAAUGCCGGUUCGGUUCUAAAGAAGAGAUUGAUGAACCCAAGUCACAUGACUAGUUUGGACACGUUCCUGGCGAGCAGACGAGAAAGAUGCCAGACAUCCUCGAGGAUAGAGACACCGCAAGAAGCGACGAGCAGCUUGAGCGACGAGGAGAGGAAGAGAAAAGCCGGGGACGCGUACAAUUACUUGUUUAACGUGAACGUCCCCAAGAAAAAAAAACCGCCUGUCCCGGACACGUUCGACCUUUUCGAUGAGGAGCACGACAAGUACUUUGAGAACUUGAAAGGGGAAGCGGGAUGUUUCAUGGUGCGGAAGUGGAGGAGGUUAAGCCUGCCGCAAGUUGAGUUUGGCGAUCCGCCGUAUCUCUGCGAGGAUUGCGGGAAGCUAUUCGCCAAAAAAACCUCAUUCAGGAACCACUUGUACCACCACAAGGGCCGAGACGUCAGGAUUUGCUCCUACUGCGGUAUCCAGAUCUCGACGUACCGCCUAAAUGAGCACGUCAUGACGCGACACAAACCGCCACGCUACGAAUGUAACGAAUGCGGAAGGAAAUUCCACCUAAAGAAUCUUUUGGCGUUGCACGUGUCGUUGAUCCACCAGAAUCCGACGAGGCGGUACCCGUGCCAUGUAUGCGGCGUCAUGCUGAGGAAGAACUCGCUGGCGACGCAUAUGAGAAGGCACAACGUCAGCAGGAUAUACCCCUGCCAGUUGUGCAAGAAGGUGUUCCAGAAUCAGGUCAGUUGGUACUACCACCGGAGGAGGCAUACCAAAACCAAAACAUUCAGCUGCAACAUUUGUUCGAAGCCCCUAAAAAGCCGUUUCAGCCUCGGCAACCACAUGAGAUCGUACCACGAGGGCGGAACGUCGAAAACCUGCAACGUCUGCGGCAAGUUACUGUCUAGACGGGAGUCGCUGACCCGCCACAUGCGUAUAGUACACGGACCGAAAGGGAACGUGUUAAGUGGAGAUGCGAUUAGAACGGAGGAUAGAGAAAUGUCGGAGCAGGAUGAGAUCGAGCAAGCGACGAAGCUUAUUUCUAACGACUUGGAGCAGGUGGCAGAAGUCACAGAGACGGGAGAGGAGUUGCUUUGUGAGUUUAUCGUGGAAGCGCCUACAGGUUUAGAAGAGGUGGAAGUCCCUUACAGUACAAUCGAUGGCAUGUUUUUGUGUUAAUCAAUUUUUUAUAGAA